AUGCGUACAAAACGCAGUGCAGGCCAUGGAUACAAAGCAGAGGUUCACAUUGAUCAAACAACAACAUGGCAAGAUCCUAGGAAGGCCAUGCUUUCCCAGAUGAAUGUUACAGCUCCCACCAGUCCUUCCGUGCAGCAGAACAUAAUGAACUCGGCAUCAGGCCCACUCCCCGAUGGAUGGGAACAAGCUAUGACCCAGGAUGGAGAAAUUUACUACAUAAACCAUAAGAACAAGACCACAUCUUGGCUAGACCCAAGGCUUGACCCACGCUUUGCCAUGAAUCAGCGAAUCAGCCAAAGUGCUCCAGUGAAGCAGCCACCCCCUCUGGCUCCUCAGAGUCCCCAAGGUGGUGUGAUGGGUGGGAGUACCUCCAAUCAGCAGCAACAGAUGAGACUUCAGCAGCUACAGAUGGAGAAGGAAAGGCUGAGACUGAAGCAUCAAGAACUGCUUCGGCAGGCAUUGCGGAAUAUCAAUCCCAGCACAGCAAAUUCUCCAAAACAUCAGGAAUUGGCUCUCCGUAGCCAGCUUCCAACAAUGGAACAAGACGGUGGAUCUCAAAAUCCCGUGUCAUCUCCUGGAAUGUCUCAGGAACUGAGAACAAUGACUACAAAUAGUUCUGAUCCCUUUCUUAACAG